AGCAGAGUUGAAAGAUGGCCACAGACGGAGCAUGCGACAGAGCGAGAGCGGUAGUUCUCGAGGCGCCAUGCAAGACGACUAAGGCUGGAAUCGCGGCGCUGGAGCACGGUGUGUGGCCCAAGGGCGAGGCCGAGCUGCGCGGGUGGGAGGUCCGGAUCUGCAUGCAUGCGGCGGCGCUCAACUUUUUCGACAACCUCUUCCUCACCAACUCGUAUCAGAUGCCGACGCCAUCGCCGUUUAUCGGUGACGAGGUCCGCAAUGUGGCUGUCGGCGAUCGGGUCAUGCUUGCCAUGGGCGUCCAGGGCACGCUCGCCACCCUAGUGGUGGCGCCGGCUGCGGUGUGCAUCCCGAUUCCGGCGAGAAUGGACAUGGUCUCAGCGGCGGGUCUCGGUGUCGGCUUCCUCACAGCUUACCACGGCCUGGUGCAUCGCGGCGGCCUGGCCAAGGACGAGACACUUCUGGUCACCGGGGCGUCGGGCGGCAUGGGCGCGGCCGCCAUCCAGGUCGGCCUGGCGGUCGGCGCGCAUGUCAUCGCGGCAGCGUCGUCGAUGGAAAAGGCCGAGGCUGUACUGGAGCUGGGAGCGCACGCCGCCGUCAGCUACGGAAGCGACCAAGCGUCGCGCCGCGGGCUGAAGGAUGCGGUCAAGGACGCCAAUGAUGGCCAGCUGGCAGACGUUGUGUACGAUGUGGUUGGCGGCGAGGUUGCCCAUGCCUCGCUCCGCUGCCUUUGCCCUGAGGGCCGGUUCUUGGUCGUCGGCUUUGCAUCCGGCGACAUUCCGGCCUUCAAGGCCAACCUCUUGCUGGUCAAGGGCGUGUCGGCGGUCGGCGUCCGCGCCGGCGCAUCUAUGGCACUCCAUCCGGAUCUUGCGGCUGACAUGAUCUCCACCAUGUCCGCCUGGGCCGAUGCCGGCAAGAUCUCGCCACUCGUGGGUGGUCUCUACGACUUUGACGACAUCACUGCGGUCCGAACUGGCUUUACCCGCCUGGCCGCCGGCCAAGCCCGCGGCAAGCUUGUCAUCGUCAUGCCGUCUGCCGAGGCCAGCACCCAAUCGCACGUUGUGCUCACGCUAAAGGACGUCGACGUGAGGCAUGCUGGGGAAGAGCCGGUGCUCGAGUCGCUUGCCAUGGCAGAGGAGCAGCGGCUGAAGAAGGCGGCUGCGGCGCGGAUCUCGGGCAAGUACAACCCGCAUCUGGCGGCUGCAGGCUCGGUCCUCGCCAAGUACGACACGGUUGACGACGAUGACGACGACGGGCCCGGUUUCUCGGUCGCGUCUGUUCAGGCUCAGUUUCAGAGGGCGCAAGCCGAUGCGGCCCGGGCUGAGGCUGCGCUCGACGCGGUGAGCGCCGGUGGGGCGCUGGCUAGCAGCAGUUCGGCGGCGAUGCAGUACUCGCUCGAGUCGGAGAAGAAGAGCGUGGCGAGCUCGUUCCGGAGCCGGAAGCGCGGAAAGAAAGCCAAGAAGGAGAAGAAGGCCAAGCGGCGGCGGCGCAAGCACGGGCUGGUGACCGAGGCCGACAAGCUGGCUGCUGCCGGGCAGGGAGCGGGUCUGGCAGCGUCGUUGCCGGAGGGCUUUGAGCUUGCACCGCGAGGAGCGGUUGCCGUCAUCGACGACGAUGAGGACGAGGAUGAUGCAGCAGAGGCCAUCCUCGCGAGCUCAAUGCUGGAAGCGCGGAUGGCGGCCCUGGCGGCGGCGGCCGCCGCGCCGGGUGCGAGCGUCGGUGGCAGCGACGCCGUUGUCCGUGCCGUCGUCGCUGACAACAAAGCCAAGGCCGGAAUGGAGGUGAGCGAGCCCGAUCCGGACGCAGUCAUCUUUGACGAGACGGCCGAGUUUGUUCAGCGCGUCAAGGCCUCACUGGAAGAGGAGAAGGCGCAGCAGAAUGAGGAGAGGACCAGCGUGGGCGAGGCGGAGACCAAGCCGGUUGUGGCAGCUACCGUAGCUGCACCAGCCGUAGAGCCAGUGGCUGUAGCUGCGGCUGCAGCUCCACUGACUGCGCCGGCCGCGAUGGAUGUUGUUGAUGCCGCUGCCGAGCAGGACGAGGCACAGGGCACGCAGUUGGCGGCGGGCCGACAGGGCGGGCUGGCUGCGACGCUGCAGCGACUGAGGGCGCGGGGUACGCUCAACCAGGACAUGGCCAAGAUGGGACGGGCCAACGACGAGGUGGUGGAUGUUGGAACCGGCAGCGUGGGUGCCAGCCUGUACAAGGAUGCCGAGACCGGGCGGGCCAAGACGCAGAAGCAGCUCUAUCGCGAGAUCUCUGUGGCGUUUUCGGGCAUCCAGCCGUCGCUGCGGUCGCGUGAGAAGCAGCUUAACCACGAGCUGGAUGUGGCGUUUGAGCGAGCGGUGGGCAUGGCGGCGGUGCAGGCCAACUCGUCCAAGCUGCGCUUCUCGCUCAACGACCCGUCGCUCCGGAUCGGAGCUGCACCGAUUCUUGCGCCCGCGGACAAACCCGCCGAAGAGGCUACCGCGCCUGUUGCGGCGCCGCUUGCGCGUGAGCGCCGCGAGACUGUUUCUGUCAACCUUGCAGCCCCGGCAGCGGCGUCGUCGUCGCGGAAGCGCCGCCGCGGGCUAGCCACAACAGCAACAUCGUCGAUCGCAUCGUCAGCGGCGCCGCCACCAGGCCCCGACGACGGAGGCGAUGCGCGGGCAAAGAAGCGGGCGCGGCAGCGUUGA